UUGAGACAGACUCCCGCUUCUGGUCCUUUAUUCAGGGUUACAGCUCGUUGGUUUACUUUACUGAAAAUGAAAUUUAAAGCUCAAAACUGAAGAGUGACAGAAGCGGAGGUUGUUUUCAGAGCUUUGUUUACCGCGCAAAAAAAAAAGAAAAAAGAAAAAGAAUGGAGUCAAGUUUUAACAGGUUUUGAGUAAAAUGAAACGUAAACUUCGAGUAACCGACUCCGACUGAGGCGCUUAACUUAAUUUUUGGUGAUGGGCUCCGUGACUUCCGCUCUGACCAGGACCAGGAACGCCUUGGUCAAAGUGGGCUCGGAGCCGGAGAACCAUGACCCGGAGAGGAGCCAGUCCGCUCCGGAGUCGGACCGGGUCAACAAGAAGAGCACCCGGUUCAACGUGUCGAGCCAAACCGGACGACAGAGCUCCCGGCAGUCGCUGUCCGAGGUCCUGAGCAGGCAAGACUCGGACGGAGGGAAACAGAGCUCCAGGAGGAAGGCUGCUGAAGCUCCACAGGGCGUGGCAAAUGAAGAUACAGAGAGCUCCGCCAGACCCCAGGCCAGUUUUGCACGCUCAAAGUCCCAGAGUGCUUUGUGGAAUGCCAUCACGGCGGGGAUGGGGAUCAAAGGCAAAGAGCAAGGCCCCCUGAACGACCCACGAAGUCCUGAAGAGAUUCUGGCUGAUGAUCUUCCUGCGACAGAUGAACCAGAUGCUACAGAGAAAACUGCCAUCAGAUUACGAUGUCUGGUGAAGCAACUGGAGAGAGGAGAGGCUUCCCUCGCUGACCUCAAGAAAAACCUGGAGUAUGCAGCGUCUGUGCUGGAAUCUGUUUAUAUUGAGGAGACAAGGCGUUUGGUCGACACAGAGGAUGAGCUCAGCGACAUCCAGUCAGAGUCGGUGCCUUCGGAGGUGCGGGACUGGCUGGCCUCCACCUUUACCAGACAGAUGGGCUUGAUGCUGCGACGUAAUGAAGAAAAACCUCGCUUCCGAAGCAUCGUCCACGCUGUUCAGGCUGGCAUAUUUGUUGAGAGGAUGUACCGACGUACGUCCAAUAUGGUGGGACUCAGCUACCCCGCUUCUGUCAUAUCUGUGCUUAAGAAUGUUGACAAGUGGUCCUUUGACGUCUUUGCUCUAAACGAGGCCAGCGGGGAUCAUGCUCUCAAAUUCAUAUUCUACGAGUUGCUUACAAGAUAUGACCUCAUUAGCCGUUUCAAGAUACCGAUCUCUGCAGUGGUGUCAUUUGUCGAGGCCCUAGAAGUUGGAUACAGCAAACAUAAAAACCCCUACCACAACCUGAUGCAUGCUGCUGAUGUCACACAGACUGUGCACUACUUGCUACUCAAGACUGGCAUGGUGCACUGGUUGACUGAGCUUGAGAUCUUUGCCAUGAUCUUUGCGGCGGCGGUGCACGACUAUGAGCACACGGGGACCACCAACAACUUCCACAUUCAGACAAGGUCAGACACAGCUAUCCUUUAUAAUGACCGCUCAGUGUUGGAGAGUCAUCACGUCAGCGCAGCCUACCGCCUGCUGCAGGACGACGAUGAAAUGAACAUCCUCUACAAUCUCUCCAAGGACGACUGGAGAGAGCUGCGGGCUCUGGUGGUGGAGAUGGUGCUGGCCACAGACAUGUCCUGCCACUUCCAGCAGGUUAAGGCCAUGAAGAACUUUUUACAACAACCUGAGGGCAUUGACAAACCCAAAGCCCUGUCCCUGCUGCUGCACACAGCAGACAUCAGCCACCCGGCCAAAAGUUGGGACCUCCACCACCGCUGGACCACCUCCCUGCUAGAGGAGUUCUUCAGACAGGGGGACAAAGAAGCCGAGCUUGGACUGCCAUUCUCUCCACUCUGUGACCGGAAAUCCACAAUGGUGGCACAGUCCCAGAUCGGGUUCAUAGACUUCAUUGUGGUGCCCACCUUCACUGUGCUGACAGACAUGAUGGAGCGUAUUGUCACACCGCUCAUCGAUGAGGCCUCCCAUUCAGGAUUUGCUGGCUUCAGACGCUCGAGUCUGAACAGUAUUAGCUCAGAUGAAGCCAAGAGGCACAGUGUCAAGAGCAUGGGCUCUGACAGCAGCUCAUCAGGGCAAAGCUCUCUGCUGACAGUGGACAUGAAGAACUUCAAGGCGUUGUGGAAUGAAGAGGUGUAUCAGAACAGAGAGCGGUGGAAAGCCCAUGCUGCUAAAGAGGCGGAGGAGAGAGCUAAAAAGGAAGCAGAGGAGCAAGCACAGCAGGAAGAAGUUAUGGAACCCCAGGAGGUCCACACAGAACCCGAACAGCCUGAACCAAAGGAUGACAGCCUGGAGGGGGAGGCGCCCGAGUCAACAGAGGUCAGCAGAUCACCAGAUGGUAACACAGGGGAAACGGAGCAGGCAGCACAACCUGGGGGCGCCACGCACAAGAAUUCCCCACUGCAGAACGGAGAGUUAUCAGAAGGGGCUGAAUCUCCAGAGGGUGAAGAAAACAAGAACAAAGAAGUCGAUGAGGUAGUGAUGGAGUGAGGGAGCUGGAGAGUAUCGUGGCUACUCUGUUGGAACUGUUGCUGCAAUUCUGUCGACCUGAACCUGCUUUUACAACCUGGAUGGAACGCCUCAGACACCCCCUUCAGAGGGAGGCUCAUUGGUUGGACUGUGUCGCCCUCUACAGGACAUCGAGAAUCUGACACCCCUGCUUCCUUCUGUCUUUACUCUGAUCAACUGUUUUCACUUUUGUUUAUACUUCCAGGCUCUUGUAUGCAGGGCCAUGUGCAUUACUUCUCCCUUCCUGCUCACUGAUAGAGACUAUGUAAUCACCUUAAAAUGGCAGCCGGGGAGGUAAAGACGAGGCUUUGAUCGACUGCUGAUAUUCUUAGUUGUAUGUUUAAAGCAACCGCAGAGUAGCAUUUGUAGAAGUCCUACCUUUCUCCCUGUGCAGCUCUCGGUUAGAUUUAUUAGUCUGGUGAGCUGAAAGACACAAACUUUUUGUGUUACAGCAAUUUAUUCUAACACAUGAGUACAUAAAUGUAGAUUUGUGUGAAAUACAGAAUAGAUGCACAUUCAUGUGGACUUUUACAACUGCUACACAGCAUGUGCAAUAUAUUGACACAUGUGCAGUAUGCUGUGGUUAAAUACUACCUAAGCAAACACAGUCUUGCAUAGAAAAGUUUUCCUUGUGCUUUGGGAGCUCCUGAUGAGAGCAUGUUACGUUUGUAUGUCUUUACCACCAGUUGUGGCUCAUUUUUUCCCUGUUUACUUUCUCUGUGCUUUCCUCACACACUGUGCAAUUCUAAUGCGAUUGUGUUCCUUGUAGCCAGGUACAUAUUGGUUUUUUUUGUGUGUGUGUGUGAGUGUUUGUCUUCUUUACUGUAUAUAUUAAGCAUUUGUAUAUGUGUGUAUCUAAAGAAGAGUAGAAAUCUAUCCACAAUCCACAAUUUUGGAUCUAGUGUAAGAUAGCUGCAGUGGAAAAAUGUCCAAAAAUUAGAAUGCAGCUUUUGCAUCUGAGACAUAUCGCACUCGCAAAUGUGCUCACGUUUUUGUAACAUAUAAUAUUCUUUGUUUACUGUUGUUUCAAAGUUGUUUUGCAUUAUGUCCUGUAUGAAUCAUGCACUAGAUGUGUCCAAUAUCCUCACACUGUACGUCUUCUUCUCGAUGCCUUCUUAUAUGUAUUUGAGCUGUAGCAAAGAGUCAACAUUGUCGUUAGAGAAAUAUUCUGAUACGUGUGUUUGUUUUUCUUUUGCCGUGCAGUUCUUUUACAGCAGCUUCACCUCUAGGUUGUUGGCGUAAAGUUUAAUCAACAUGUUUACAGCCUGCUCGUACGAAUAUUAGCCAGCCGAGUCCAUCAUGCUUCUGUGAGGCCACGAGUCCAAACUGUAUCUGCUUCUCGGCUGUUUGCCAGGUUUUAAAGGCUUGUAAUGUUGUGAAUAGAUGAUGCAAAUAUUGCUUACUGUGCAUAUGUAACAUAUUGAACCCCUGCGAUGCCGGUUCAGCUUUUACUAUAUACUUAAUAUGUGUAAUCAGAAGAAAAGAAAAGAAGCAUUUCGGCAGUAUUUGCAUAACAAUGGAGUUGUUUUUCCUAAAACUGUGCGCUUUUGUUUUCCUUGUGUUCUUUGUUAUGAAAAUCCUAAAAUUUAUUGUGCCACGAUCAAAUCCUUGGUAUAUUGUACACUAAAAUAUACUAUAUAUGUGUGUAAAAUGAUCAUAUGUGUGUGUAUAUAUAUAUAUAUAUAUAUAUAUAUAUAUAUAUAUAUAUAUAUAUAGUACAUGAGGGAUUCGAAGAGGGUACACACCGCCAGAUCAUGUAAAAUUGUAGGAAUUCUCAUUUCUUUUUCAGCCAUUUUAUUUCAACAUUGUGUUCCAUUUUUUAAAAUUAUUGUAAUAAGAACAGUCACACCAUAAAGGGACAUAGCAGUUUUUCAUACAAUGUAACCACAUGCUACUUUCUACCCAAAAUAUACAGUCAGUGGUUAUUAAGCCUGCUGACUGAAUGCGUGCCUCUAUCUGUACUUUCCAUUUCACACCUUUCACUUGUAGGAAAACCAAUUUUGUGAUGUCAUUUGAAUCUGUGCUGAUCCAGGUACAGUCAAAGAAACCCGUUAAUAUCUUCCAACAAUGUUUCACACUAAAGAGUCUAUAGAGACACUGUUGGAGAGUCUGUAAAGUCAGCAGUUUGGUGUUGCAGAAGUAUAGUAUUUUUAAUGGUAUAUUUUGCUUUUUCAUCUAGAAAGAUCUAUUUUCUAGCUGUUUUGUGCUGUAUAGUGUCUGUUUUUUGCUCUAAGUACUGUUCUGUCCUUAUUUUUUUCACUCAGAGGAUGGAUUCUCCAAAAGUACAUCUUCAAUGUGUAGGAAGAUUUUUUUCCUUUUUAAUUUUGCCUCUCGUCUGUGUGUCUGUUUUUCUUCACCAGCUCUGAAGUCAGAAAAAAUCAAGUGGCUCAAAACUGAAAACUAUAAAGUGUAACAAUCUUAGCUAAUUGCAUUUAAAACGUACUGCAUCUUCAAAACAGGCUGCCAGACACUUGGUAAAGCAGGAUCUAUUUUCUGUACCACGGGACCAACACAUGUACAGUCUUGUAGUUUGCUCUACCUUCCACUUGCUGCUGUGUUAGCCUACUGUAUGAAUAUUUAAGAGGAAUUUAUACCAACCAUAAGAAGCAUAGCUGUAUUCAUGACAUGAAAAGACUUCUAAACAUGGUGUUUUGUAAUGGUUACUAUGAAACAGAUUCUAUGUUGUUUGUUUGAUGCUUUGUUUCCUUGUUUAGUCUAAAUCACCAUAUAAUGACUGAUCUCAAACUGUUCGAGUGAUUGAGGUUAGAUGGAUGUAAAGCGAGUGUGAGUCUGUAUGUGUGUGUGUGUGUGUGUGUGUGUGUGUGUGUGUGUGUGUGGGUGGGUGCACAUGUGUGGGUAUGUCUGUGUGUGAAACCACAAAAAACUAUGUGCAUUUCUGAUCUCCUCACUGUGAUCUGCUCUAUGAGAGUGCGAUGAGAUGAAUGUUUGUGAGAAAGAGUCAAAUAGUGAUGCAGCGGAGCGUAUAAAGCUGGGUGAACAAUUAAUUUUAGACCCAGCUGUAUGUUUUAAAUACCCCGUCAGGCUGAUAUGUUUGCUUAUAUAAAACAGCAGCAGACAUAUUAUAAUGGUAAGACUCAAAAAAAAAGAAACAGUGAGGUGGACAAACAAAUUAAGAGCCGCCUUAUUUUACCUUCCACUAUAUCCCUGAAUAGACAGAAUGACUGCGAGUGAAUGUAUGUGUGUGUGUGUGCGUGUGUGUGUGUGUGUGUGUGCGUGCAUGUAUGUGCAUGCAUGUGUGUGUCACUGUCCCGUGCCGGCCAGGCGGCCGUGUGUGCCACCAUGCUCUGUGACUGCACAGCCGUAUCAAUAAAUCUGGAUUCAAAGGGCUCA